AUGGCAAUACGCACUGAAACGCUGUACAGCUGGGCGUCUCAGCUCGAUCGACGUCUGAUCGUCGCAGCGGGUCUGUCCUAUGUCAUUGCUGUUGCGAUCUAUCGUCUCUACUUCAGCCCAAUCGCACACAUUCCUGGGCCCAAAAUUGCAGCUCUCACGACCUGGUAUGCCGGCUAUCACGACCUCAUUCGUGGUGGACAGUACGUUAAGGUCAUUGCGGAAAUGCACAAGAAAUAUGGACCUAUCGUCCGGAUAAGACCCGACAGUCUCCACAUCAACGACCACAACUUCGUCGGCACGCUAUAUUCACAGGAUCCAAGGCAUCGGCGGGAAAGAUACGAGACCAACCUCAAAUCAUUCCAGGCCCCAUAUUCAAUCCUCGGAACUCAAGACCACGACCUCCAUCGCAGUCGCCGAGCUGUGCUGAGCCCAUACUUCUCCCAGCAGAGCGUACGAGGACUCUCCAAUGUGGUCAAUAAGACCAUGCUUAAUCUCCUGCGGCGCAUGGACGGCUGGGCAGCGGCUGGACAACCCAUUCAAAUGAACUUACCACUGCGCGCCGCAACGAAAGAUGUGAUACAAAGCUAUGCCCUCGGCGGCGGUACCACACCCUGUCUGGACAUCGAAGACUGCAACGCCGCGUUCUUCGACAUGAUGAUCCCCGGUCGCGUCUCUCAUCUAGGCCCCCACAUGUACUGGCUCGCGAAACUACUCUACCUCAUCCCCCCGUCCAUCAUGAGAAUAAUGAACCCGCGCAUGGGCUCCUUCGUCGAGUUCAUCUCAUGGAUCUACGCCCAAAUCAAGCAAGUCAAACACUCCCAAAACCCCCCUCCCACCACCAAGGACUCCUCCCGCAGCAGCAUCUUCCACGAAAUCCUAGCCAGCUCCAUCCCCGAAUCCGAGAAAUCGGACGCACGCAUCGCCCAGGAAGCCGGCAUCCUCCUCAUCGCCGGCACUGACACCCUCGCUGCAACCCUCGCGGCAAUCAUGUACGAAGUCCUCGCCGACCGCAACCUCCUCAAUCGCCUCCGAGACGAAUUGAAAGCCGUGAUCCCGGAAGCAGACACAGCAAUCGACCCGGCGAAACUCGACAAGUUGCCACUCCUGAACGCUAUUAUCCAAGAAGGGCUGCGAAUGCACCCCGGCGUCGUCCUCCGCCAAGACCGCGUCUGUCCGGACGAGACGUUGGUGUACACCUAUCCCGACGACAGCAAACGACAAAUUACCAUUCCAAGGGGCACGGCGAUGGGCAUGACCGCCCCGCUUCUCAACCGCUGCCCCGAAAUCUAUGGUAACGACCCAGACGUGUUCCGCCCACAACGCUACAUCGAUGACCCGGGACUGCAGAAGUACCUCUUUAGUUUUGGAAAGGGCGGGAGGCAGUGUAUUGGGAUUAAUCUGGCGUGGGAGGAGAUGAAGGUGUUUGUGGCGGGGGUGUUUAGGAAGUAUGAUCUGUAUGAUGAGGCACGAGCAGGCAAGCAGGGGCCGACGCUGGAGCUGUAUGAGACAAGCAGGGAGGAUGUGGCCAUGUAUGCGGAUUUCGUGACGCCGGGGUUCGUGCCGGGGAGUCAAGGGAUGCGGGUGCGGAUCCGGCGGUGA